AUGUCAGCUUCAUCUCAGAGUUUUGGCCACGGCCGAGGGUUGUCGAAUUUGGCCAGAUGUUCUUCAAGCUACGCCGGGGUCAUUUCAGACCACCUGAAUUGCAGAGGACGACAAGGCCGAGAGGAACGCAAACCAGCCAUUGGUUUUCCUCGAUUCUCCAUGUUCAGGGUGAAAAGCUCGCCGGAGUUAUGGUGCUCUGAUAUGCAUAGAUCCUACCACCACAUAAGGCGAAACGGAAGGAGUUUUGUUAAUAAUCAACACAUGGAAUCUACCAACUUCUGUCCUGAUACUCCUCAUUUUCAAAGGAGGAUCUUACAAGAUUCUCUUUUUGACAAUAAACUUAAAAUUCCGAGAGAGUUCAUGGUGAAAUAUGGUAGUAAUAUUGAUACAUCAAACCCAAUAGUCCUAAAAGUCCCUGGUGGUGGAGCAUGGAAAAUCAAAUUGACCAAAUGUGAUGGUCAUAUUUGGUUGGGUGAAGUUUGGCCAAACUUUGCAAGGCAUUACUCCAUACAAUGUGGAUAUUCCUUGUUUUUCAGAUGUGAAGGUCAAUCUAAAUUUAGUGUGAUCAUUAUUGAUGUAAAUGAUUCUGAGAUAUGUUAUCCAGUUACCACUUCCAAACAUUCUAAUAACUUGAAUCCCACCCAUAUUGAUGAGCUGCCCAAGAGGGAAAAAGAAGCUCAAGAUCUUGACUCUCAUGAAAACUUCAACAUGAAAAGAAAGAAGAAACUUGCACCACAUAAGGAUCAAGUGAACAUAGGAGAUUCAGAGUGUUUUGAGUCUGUCAACAAAACAGGUUUGUUUUUUGUUUAUGUAUAAUUACAUGUUAGUGCUUAAUUAACAUUAUGUUUUCUUGUUCAUUAUUAUCAUAAAUACAGGAAGGAUUAAGGCUAGUGCC